ACUCCCUUUGAUUAGGCAGCAUCAUGGGACUUCAGUUGGUGGCUGUUGGGCUGCUGGUGCUCACAGCACUAGCCAGUCUAUCUGAAGCACAACACCAGCAGCAUGGAGACCAGAAUAUCCCCUGGGGAAAGCCCGGCCAAACAGAUCAAACCGAACAGACUAAGCAAGGAAAACAACUACAAUGGCGGUUCCCAGCUUUGAUAAUAGUAGACCCUCCGCCCGGUGUAACUGUAGACAUUGUUAUCCCUCCACCACCUGAUAGCAUUAACGUUCGCUGUGAGGAACAAAAAGUGCUUGUGGAAGUAGACAUGGACUUUUUCGGCACUGGCCGGAUGAUCAACCCUGAGCUCCUGAGUCUUGGAGGCUGUCCAGUUUCUAUGGUGGACAAUAAUGCAAAGAUGUUGUUUCUUGAGUCUGAUCUGCAUGGUUGUGGCAGUAUGUCUCACACAACAGACGACGAGCUCAUCUACGCCUUAACUCUCCUUUACUCACCACCGACAGAGGGAGGCACUGGCAUUGUUCGUGAGAGUCCUGCAGUAGUUGGAAUUGAAUGCCAUUACCCUAGAAUCCACCAGACUAUGGUUGGCCCCUUGAUUCCUUUAUGGACGCCGUAUUCUGCCAAAAGGGCCAGAGAAGAAUACUUCCUUUUCUUCAUGUUCUUGAUGAUGGAUGACUUGGUAACUGUGAGAGAAACAACUGACUUCAAACUUGGUGAGAUGAUCUACAUUCAGGCUACUGUCCUGCAAUUCUACCACGUGCCUCUCCGUGUCUAUGUGGACAACUGUGUUGCUAAACCAUAUAAUGAGGAGGGAAGCGACUCGUCUGUCAGCUAUGCAUUCAUUGACAAUCAUGGAUGUAUGAAAGAUGCACAGGUCACAGGGUCCUCGUCUCGAUUCUUGAAGCGCAACAGAGAUGACACAAUAAGCAUCAUGCUAGAAGCUUUCAGAUUUGCUGAUAGUGAUCAGAUUUCUAUUACAUGCACACUUAAAGCCACCCCAGUUUCAAGGCCACCGGAUUCUGCUCACAAGGCUUGUUCCUACCUUCCAGGAUCAGGAUGGGCUAUUUUGGAAGGAUCUGAUUCACAGUGCCGCUGCUGUGAUUCAACAUGUAGUGGUGAUGAGGGUGGUUCUGACGAUGGUAAACAACAAGGUCCAGUUUCAGAACCUGGUGACAUGUGGUCUGAGGCCACGAUUGGACCCAUCAGAGUUAACAAGAAGAGAAGAAAUUAAGAAGAAUCAUGGUGUCUAUUCAUCAUUGCUAAAAUUAGCAAUAAACUUUUGAAA